AUGGUCCUGCAACAGUCCGUCCUGAGUACUCUACAGCUGCACUCCACUGGACAGCAUUGCUCCUCUACAGCUGCGCCCCGCUGGAAAGCCCUGCUCCUCUACAGAUGCGCCACACUGGGCAGCCCUGCUCCUCUACAGCUGCUCCCCACUGUACAGCCCUGCUCCUCUACAGCUGCUCCCCACUGGACAGCCCUGCUCCUCUACAGCUGCUCCCCACUGGACAGCCCUGCUCCUCUACAGCUGCUCCCCACUGUGCAGCCCUGCUCCUCUACAGCUGCUCCCCACUGGACAGCCCUGCUCCUCUACAGCUGCUCCCCACUGGACAGCCCUGCUCCUCUACAGCUGCUCCCCACUGGACAGCCCUGCUCCUCUACAGCUGCUCCCCACUGGACAGCCCUGCUCCUCUACCGCUGCGCCCCACUGGACAGCCCUGCUCCUCUACAGCUGCGCCCCACUGGACAGCCCUGCUCCUCUACAGCUGCUCCCCACUGGACAGCCCUGCUCCUCUACAGCUGCGCCCUACUGGACAGCCCUGCUCCUCUACAGCUGCGCCCCACUGGACAGCCCUGCUCCUCUACAGCUGCGCCCCACUGGACAGCCCUGCUCCUCUACAGCUGCUUCCCACUGGACAGCCCUGCUCCUCUACAGCUGCUCCCCACUGGACAGCCCUGCUCCUCUACAGCUGCGCCCCACUGGACAGCCCUGCUCCUCUUCAGCUGCUCCCCACUGGAUAGCCCUGCUCCUCUACAGCUGCUCCCCACUGGACAGCCCUGCUCCUCUACAGCUGCGCCCCACUGGACAGCCCUGCUCCUCUACAGCUGCGCCAAACUGGACAGCCCUGCUCCUCUACAGCUGCUCCCCACUGGACAGCCCUGCUCCUCUACAGCUGCUCCCCACUGGACAGCCCUGCUCCUCUACAGCUGCGCCCCACUGGACAGCCCUGCUCCUCUACAGCUGCUCCCCACUGGACAGCCCUGCUCCUCUACAGCUGCUCCCCACCGGACAGCCCUGCUCCUCUACAGCUGCGCCCCACUGGACAGCCCUGCUCCUCUACAGCUGCGCCCCACUGGACAGCCCUGCUCCUCUACAGCUGCUCCCCACUGGACAGCCCUGCUCCUCUACAGCUGCUCCCCACUGGACAGCCCUGCUCCUCUAAAGCUGCGCCCCACUGGACAGCCCUGCUCCUCUACAGCUGCGCCCCACUGGACAGCCCUGCUCCUCUACAGCUGCGCACCACUGGACAGCCCUGCUCCUCUACAGCUGCUCCCCACUGGACAGCCCUGCUCCUCUACAGCUGCUCCCCACUGGAGAGCCCUGUUCCUCUACAGCUGCUCCCCACUGGACAGCCCUGUUCCUCUACAGCUGCUCCCCACUGGACAGCCCUGCUCCUCUACAGCUGCUCCCCACUGGACAGCCCUGCUCCUCUACAGCUGCGCCCCACUGGACAGCCCUGCUCCUCUACAGCUGCGCCCCACUGGACAGCCCUGCUCCUCUACAGCUGCUCCCCACUGGACAGCCCUGCUCCUCUACAGCUGCGCCCCACUGGACAGCCCUGCUCCUCUACAGCUGCUCCCCACUGGACAGCCCUGCUCCUCUACAGCUGCACCCACUGGACAGCCCUGCUCCUCUACAGCUGCGCCCCACUGGACAGCGCUGCUCCUCUACAGCUGCGCCCCACUGGACAGCCCUGCUCCUCUACAGCUGCUCCCCACUGUACAGCCCUGCUCCUCUACAGCUGCUCCCCACUGGACAGCCCUGCUCCUCUACAGCUGCUCCCCACUGGACAGCCCUGCUCCUCUACAGCUGCGCCCCACUGGACAGCCCUGCUCCUCUACAGCUGCACCCACUGGACAGCCCUGCUCCUCUACAGCUGCUCCCCACUGGACAGCCCUGCUCCUCUACAGCUGCUCCCCACUGGAUAGCCCUGCUCCUCUACAGCUGCUCCCCACUGGACAGCCCUGCUCCUCUACAGCUGCGCCGGCAAGCCUCUGUGGCUCUUCUACAUGCUGA